AACGACAGUCAUAUUGACUCAUCCUCUCCCGCCAGGCGCUAACCCAGGCAUUCACAAGGGGUUGCAUAUAUUCCGCGAUGCACUAGUCGCUUGAUCGCCACUAACCGCUCGACAUUCUUUUCCAGCUACCCUUCGCCGCAGGUACAGUAUCUAGCUCGCACCCUGCGCGUUUGCUUAGACCCAGGACGUACAACACGCAACACACCACACACCCGCUUUCUCUCCGCCUUUCCCGUCAACAUACCCGCACUGGAUCGUCCAGAUAUCUCUGAGCAACGCCUAAUUGAGGGCAGUAUGUCGGCCGCCAGUGGGGCAGCAACAGCAACUCGAGGGGCAGCAGAGAACAACGACCAACGCCCACGGCGUCCUCGCAACAGGAACCGGAACCCAAAUGGCCAGGUAGCGAAUCCGCCGCAGCAGGAGGCGGGACAAGCACAGGGUGCCCAGGCCCCACAUGCACCUGCUGCACGAGGAGGAAGAGGUGGUCGUGGAAGAGGGCGGGGACGGGGACGUGGUCAGGCAGCGACUGGGAACAGGGAGCCUGAAGCUGGAGUCCCCACCGAACCGCGCUUCCAGAACCGAAGAGGGAGAGGCGGUCCCCAUCACCCCAGGGUGCCGCCCCGCGCGGUAGCACAGCUGGCGGCCGAGCACGAGAAUACGCCUCCGUCGCAGAACUCGGACCUACAAGCCGACGCGCCAGAAUUCACGCCCGGGCGACCUGCGGCUCCCCAGCGAACACGACGACCACCGCGCGAGAAGAGACCCCAAGGCCCGAGAUCCACGGCCCAAGAUAUUGCCACUCGUACGCACGAGGACAUAGACAAUGGGCAUUACGAAUGCGCGAUAUGCACAGAAGAGGUCAGGAGGACAACAAGAGGCAUCUGGUCGUGUAGAACAUGCUGGAUGGUAUUCCACCUGAGCUGCAUUAAGAAGUGGUCCACCAACGAAGGCUCAGUCGCGGCCCGACAACAAGCACCUGAAGGCGUGAUGCCCCCACCGAGACAGUGGCGGUGUCCGGGAUGCAAUUAUCCAAAGGACGAGCUGCCGAGGGUCUCUUCAUGUUGGUGCGAGAAAGAAAUGGAUCCUAAGUCUCUCCCUGGUCUUCCGCCCUUCUCAUGUGGCCAGACAUGCGCCCGACCGCGGAUCCUGCCCAAGAAGUGCCCGCAUCCAUGCUCAACUACAUGCCACGCUGGGCCUUGCCCUCCUUGCACAUUGAUGGGUCCUACACAGCAUUGUUUUUGUGGCAAGAACUCGGUCACGCGCCGUUGCUUGGACACAGAUUAUGAGAACGGCUGGAGUUGCGGCACUGUUUGCGGACAAGUAAUGGCAUGUGGAGAACAUACAUGUCCCCAGCCAUGUCAUGAGGGACCUUGCGGUGCUUGUGAAGUACGCAUUCCGGCGAGGUGCUACUGCGGCCAAGAAGAGAAGGAUAUCUUAUGUUGCGAGCGCGCCCAACAGAGGGAUAGUAGUGUCUUGCAUCAAUUGGACGACGGCUCAUCAACGGUCGAGAGGUGGGUGGGCAUCUUUGAAUGUCCCAAUUUUUGCCAGCGACCAUUCGACUGUGGGAAGCAUUUCUGUGGAAAAGAGUGUCACCGUCAGGAUACCCAGGCAGCCCAUUGUCCACGCUCGCCUGACGUUGUUUCGCAUUGUCCUUGCGGGAAGACGCCUCUCCACCAAGUAUCGGAUCACCCACGGACUUCGUGUGAAGAUCCGAUACCCAACUGCUCGAGACCCUGCGAUACCAAAUUGAGUUGCGGGCACGCAUGCCAAAAGCGAUGCCAUCAAGGCAAGUGUCCACCUUGUUUGCAAACGGUCAGUAUCAACUGCCGUUGCGGACGCACGACCUCCACCACAGUCUGUCAUCAGGGCGUUGAAGAGCCACCACACUGCAUGAGGAUAUGCCGAAUAUCAUUGAACUGUGGACGGCACGAAUGCGGAGAGCGAUGUUGUUCUGGCGAACGCAAAGCGGGCGAGCGGCAGUCUCAACGCCGGAAGCACCGACCUAUUGACUCUGCACGCCGGCCCCAUCCUGAUGAUGGGUUUGAAUCCGAGCACAUCUGCACGCGCCCCUGCGGUCGUCAAUUGAGAUGUGGUAACCCCGAUCAUCGUUGUCAGGAACUGUGUCACAAGGGCCCGUGCGGAACCUGUCGCGAUGCCAUCUUCGACGAGAUAAGCUGUAAUUGCGGCCGUACCGUACUCCAACCACCAUUGCCGUGUGGCACACAGCCCCCGCCUUGCCGAUAUCCGUGCGAACGACCAAAGGAUUGUGGCCACCCUCAAGUAUCGCAUAAUUGCCAUGGGGGUGACGAGAAUUGUCCGAUCUGUCCAUUUCUAACCACCAAACAUUGUCUUUGUGGGAAGAACACCCUAAAGAACCAGCCAUGCCAUCUGAACGAGGUGAGAUGCGCGGAAGUAUGUGGGCAACUGCUGAGUUGCGGUUCGCAUCGUUGCCGAAAGCAAUGUCAUCGUCCUGGAGAAUGCGAAGAGCCUUGCGCGCAGGCCUGUGGCAAGGAGUUAAGUGCAUGUGGUCAUCCGUGUAUGGCCCCAUGUCACUUCCCUAUGCUUUGCAAGGAAGAGAAGCCGUGCAUGCACAAGAUCCUGAUUACUUGCGAAUGUCAGCGGAUCAAGCAGGAAGCGAAAUGCAAUGCCUCCAAGAACGGCGAAGGCAAUCUGAAGAAAACUCUCAAGUGCGACGAGGAAUGUGCGCGGUUGCAGCGAAACCAGAUCCUUGCUGCAGCACUACAUGUUGACCCUGACCGUCAGGAUGAUCAUGUUCCCUACUCUGCCGACACACUGAACAUGUAUCAGCGCAACUCCACAUGGGCAGCUGCCCAGGAGAAGAUACUGCGACUGUUCGCAGCCAAUCCAGAAGAGAAGCGUAUGCGGUUCAAGCCUAUGCAAAGCCAACAACGUGCUUUUGUCCACUCGCUCGCCGAAGACUUUGGCCUGGACACAGAGAGCAUGGACCCCGAGCCACAUCGCCAUGUCGCCCUGUUCAAGACUCCGCGUUUCGUAAUGGCACCUAUGAAGACGCUGGCCGACUGUGUCCGCAUCCGACAGCGCGAGCGCGCAACAGCAGCCACAACAGCUCGAACCACUACCACCUACACCCCCGCCCCGCAACCCAAGCCCAACAAAACUGUGGACCCAUACAACGGCUUCUUAAUCACCAAUCCACGCUUCGCUCUUACUAUUGAAGAGAUUACAUCAGUGCUCAGGGCAACCAUGCCUAAGACCUCAUAUCCGCUCGAGCUUGAAGUCGCCUUCCUCCCCUCCGAAGAAAUCUCCCUUAAACCCCCGAUCGCCGCCCGCGUCUCCGUCACCGAGCGCGAAAUCCAGACUAUGCUUGAGUCCAUCAAGCCCGCCGUGUCCGCCGCCAUUGCCGCAGAGUCCAUCGGAAAGCUGCAGCUCGUGCGCACCGAUGCGUCACUCAAUGUGCAGCGUAGGGAGAGCGAUGACGCGCCCGGCGCGGGGUGGAGCCAGGUCGCCAAGGGCAAUCCUGUGAGGAAGGCACCAACGAAUACGCCGCUGGGGGUGAAGAGUGGGUUUGCGGUGUUGAGUUUGCCGCGGAGGAAGAAAAAGGAGAGGGUGGAGGUUGCGGAUGAUUGGGAGGUGGAGGAGGAGAAGGAAGAGGAGAAGGAGGCUGAGCAGGAGGCAGAACAAGAGAGGGGUGCCAGCGGUGCGAGCAGCGAUGCUGAGUUUGUGCCGGAGAAGACGGGUACGGUGGAAGAGGAGAUAACGCUUCCGGAAAGGCUUUCGGGCGCGUGGGCGGACAGCGAGUAGAGUGCGCUGUCCGACUGGUCGUUCCUGGGGGAUGAGGUGUGAAUGCCCAUGCCUCCAUGGUCGGUGAUUGUGAAGCAGAUUUAGUGACUGCAUGGCACAUGGAAUGAUAAUGAUACCACGACACUGCCCU